AUGAGAAGAUAAAGAAGAGAGGUGUUGUAUAGUUCUCAUGCGUCGCUCUCCCUUCCCACCCACCUGCGGAUUUGUCUAUAACUAGGAACCCCUCCACUCACCCACUGCUUCUCUCUUCCUUUACACAAUUAUUUCACUCCAUACUUCUCUAACUCUAUCCGGGGUUUAGAAAGGAAUAGUUGCAGUUGGACUCUUUUGUUCCUGUUUAGGCUGUAUAGAUAGGUGCUACAUGUUACCAAGAAUGAAUUGUCAAGCAAUUAACAAAACUCCUUCAUGUUCGUCUUCUGCUUCUUAUUCGUCGACAUUUCGUCCUCCUAUGCUGUUGCCACAGGCAAAUUGCAGCUAUCAAAAAUUGUAUCGCUGCUCUGGAGUCCAUAUGGAGGCCUAUCUUGUUUCUAGUCUCCCAAAGGAUCAGAUAGUAUCCAGAUGUCCUUCAGGAUGGUCUGAGUCACAACCUUCAUUCUCUAAGCGACCACUGAACCGGCAUGUGUUGCCUUUGGGAACAUUAGUGACUUCAAAAACUCCAGAUAUAACGGCUCCACCGCUAAUUGGUGAUGAAAAGAUAGGAGUGUUAUUGCUGAAUCUUGGAGGUCCAGAGACUCUUGAUGAUGUGCAACCAUUUUUGUUUAACCUCUUUGCUGACCCAGACAUUAUACGAUUGCCAAGAUUAUUCCGUUUUCUUCAAAAGCCCCUUGCACAGUUUAUAUCGGUUUUCAGGGCACCCAAGAGCAAGGAAGGCUAUGCAUCAAUAGGUGGUGGUUCUCCAUUGAGAAGGAUAACUGAUGAACAGGCUGAAGAAUUGAGGAAAUCCCUGUGGGCAAAGAAUGUCCCUGCGAAAGUAUAUGUUGGCAUGCGAUACUGGCAUCCUUUCACCGAAGAAGCUAUUGAACAGAUAAAAAGAGAUGGAAUAACAAAGCUCGUUGUUCUUCCACUUUAUCCACAAUUUUCAAUAUCAACUAGUGGUUCAAGCCUUCGGCUCUUAGAAAGUUUGUUCAGGGAAGAUGAAUAUUUAGUUAACAUGCAGCACACAGUCAUACCAUCAUGGUACCAGCGCGAAGGAUAUAUAAAGGCCAUGGCAAAUUUAAUUGAAAAGGAGUUACAAAAAUUUGACCACCCAGAUAAGGUUAUGAUAUUUUUUAGCGCCCAUGGAGUGCCACUUGCAUAUGUGGAAGAGGCAGGUGAUCCCUACAAGGCAGAGAUGGAGGAAUGUGUAGAUUUGAUAAUGGAAGAGUUAGAGAAGAGAAAUAUUGUUAAUGCUUACACCCUUGCAUAUCAGGUGUUUGUCUUCCUCAGGCUCAUGCAUAUGUAUAUCUUGCUUGCUGAUAAAAUGUUAAAUUUCUUGGCAUAUGGUUUGCAAUAUUAUAUUGAGCAAGUUGCUUUAACCUUUUUGGGACAACUAAUAACCAAUUUUAUUUUUUAACAUAGUGUCAGAAACAAAAGUCAGGAGUUCAAAAUUUUUGAGUCCUCACCACCCUAUUCUAUUAAAAAAAAUUUCAGCUAUGUCGUACUUGUGUUUAAUUUUACUAGUGGGCAUGAACAAAGUGGGCGUCUUUGAGUAUAAA